CUGACUGCUCUACAUGGCUGCAACUUUCUCCUUGUUUUUCUGCUCAGAUCCUCGCCACGCCCACCUUUACACUCAGCCCCUAAGGAACCCUGUCCUAAAUCCAUUCCGCGCCUUCUCCACCACAUCCUUACCUCCUAAACCUGCGCACCCUCUGCUCCUUGUGCACGAAUUCGACAAUUUGAAGUUUUCUCCUGUGUAUUCCUCGCCUCAUUCUUCUUCCUCUGAACCAUAUCUCAACGACCCUCAAAGAACUGGCGGGUUUCUUUGUAGCGAAGAAUCCAAGAAGCUGCAAAUCCUACAGAAUUUCAGAUAUUCUCAUGAAGUUGUUUCUGGGUCAUUGUUUGUUCGUGUGAUGGAAGCAGAAGAGAUCAAUGCCACAGUUGGGUUGCUUUCCGAGUCGUUUGCAGAAUCCAUGUUUGUACCUUUCGGUUACGUCCGUUUCUUGGCCUUCUUGGUGAAUCAGUAUUUGAUUGAGAGGAGAGACCUAAUUCCCCACAUGGCUACGCUCAUUGGGUUUUACAGAGGAGAAGAUGGUGAAGAGGAGUUGGCAGGUACGGUUGAAGUUUCUUUCAAUAACCAAGGUGCCAAUGCUUCUCCUCCAACCCCCACUCCUCCGAAGGACUCCCCUUACAUAUGUAAUAUGUCUGUGAAGAAGCAGCUCCGAAGGAGGGGCAUUGGUUGGCAUCUUUUGAAGGCAUGUGAAGAACUGAUAUCGCAGAUGAGUUGUACUUCAAGAGAUGUUUACCUGCACUGCAGAAUGAUCGAUACAGCUCCUUUAAAACUGUAUACUAAAGCAGGUUACAGCCCUGUCAAGACAGAUAGCAUCUUUUUCCUGUUGAUAUUCCAGCCACGUAAGCACUUGAUGUGCAAGAGAUUGUCAAUUUUGAAAGACCACUCAGAAGUGGAUAUCGCAAACCCUGAUGAGGAAUUUCCUUCAUGAAGGUUGCAAAAGUGAAUAAUGUUUUCCAAUGCAUAUGCAACGUGUGCAACUGGGUUCUCCUCUUGACAAACUCACUCCUCUUUCCAUCUGUAAUAGCUGGUUUUUGUGGUGACGAACACUUAAUUCUGUUGCACAUAUCUCAAAUAUAAGAUCUUGAUCCCCCC